ACUGUACACGCUCACAGAGGUUAUAUAAGGUUAUUUAAAAGUUAAGGGAACGUUGUGAGAAUGUUCUCAGGGCCAUAAAAAUCAAAUGGAGAAGAAAACAUAUAUUCUGAGAACGUUUCGGAAACUAAAAACAAACUAAUAGCUGAUUACGUGCGACGCCCAAGCGCCAUUCUUAUUGUAUUAAAGCUGUGAAACACUUCACUAGGAAACACUGCUCUCUAUUGGUCAUGCUCUCAUUGCCCGGAACGUUCCGAGUGAUGUUUUGUUUCCCCUCCGGACAUGUUUGAAUGUAUCACGGCGCAGAAAUAAAAUAACAUUGGACUUUUGUAGAAAUGUAUCUUUGUAUAUCAAGCUUCUUUCGAGCAAAUGGAAGGAUAUGCUUCACAAUCCAAUUAUGCACCAGAAGACUGUCAAGGGCCAUAGAAAACAAGUGUCCUGAUUUCAGCUCAGCCAUAGGACUGAAGUACCUGAGACACAGUCUACAGCGCAUGCACACACAUCAGGCAGUGUUUCACCAGUGCAUAAGCUCAAGUGUAUGCAGAAGAAGUCUGCCAAGUGCAUUUCCAGUAUUAGAUGAUGCAUUUCAGCUUAUUCACAGACAUAUAUUUGAAGCAAAUUUACAGUACAGCCAGGCAUGUCAGCAAAGGUAUCUAGAGCUUAAGGAGAAAGUGUUAAAGGCAGGUGGGGAAAACGCCAUUGCCCGACAUACACAAAGAAACAAGAAGGUUCUUGUCAGAGACAGGCUGCGCAUGCUGUUGGAUGAUGAUGAUUUCCUAGAACUGUCUCCUUUUGCUGGACUGGGUUUACCCUAUGGGGAUAUCCCAUCUGCUGGCUGUCUCACAGGUAUUGGUAAAAUAAAUGGGCUGUGGUGUGUGUUCACCGCUAAUGAUGCCACGGUAAAAGGGGGCACAGCUUACCCUAUUACAGUAAAGAAGCAGCUUCGGGCCCAGGAAGUGGCCAUACAGAAUCGGCUCCCCUGUGUGUACUUAGUUGAUAGUGGGGGUGCAUUUUUACCUCUUCAGUCAGAUAUAUUUCCUGAUAAGAACCAUGGUGGACGUGUAUUUUACAACGAAGCUAUAAUGUCAGCAAUGAAUAUUCCACAGGUGGCAGUGGUCUGUGGGUCAUGCACUGCUGGUGGAGCCUAUGUCCCUACUAUGGCAGAGGAAGCCAUCAUUGUGCACAGGAUAGGGACCAUAUUUUUAGGUGGCCCUCCUCUUGUUAAAGCUGCUACAGGUGAAGAAGUAACUCCUGAGGAUCUUGGAGGGGCCAAGUUACACUCAGAGGUGAGUGGCUGCGUUGAUCAUUUUGCUGAUGUGGAACAUGAGGCAUACGAGUGUACCAGGAACAUAAUCUCCACACUAAACUUCAAACUACCAGUAGAGGACUGUGCUGAGUUUGAGGAGCCCCUGUAUAAUCCUGAGGAGCUUAUGGGUCUUGCACCAAGGAGCUACAAUUUUAGCAUGGAUGUCAAACUGAUUGUGAGUCGGCUGAUUGAUGGCAGUCGUUUUCAGGAGUUUAAGUCUCGCUAUGGAACCACGCUUGUGACUGGAUUUGCCAAAAUUGAAGGACAUUUGGUUGGCAUUGUCGCCAAUAACGGCAAGCUAACAUAUGAAGCCUGUCUGAAAGGAAGCCAUUUUGUUCAGCUCUGUGAGCAGAGAGACAUUCCUCUCAUCUUCCUCCAGAACACAGCCCCCGAGUCUGUGCACACUCUUUCUCAAGAUAAGGCAGAGUCCAACACAAUGAUACUCAAAGCUCAGGGAUCCAUGAUGUCUGCUGUGGCCUGUGCAUCUAUUCCUAAGAUCACAGUGGUCAUCGGAGGCUGCCACGGUGGUGACAGCUAUGUCAUGUGUGGACGGGCUUUUGACCCCAACUUCCUGUUUUUGUGGCCCAAUGCUAGAGUGUCCAUUUUAGCUCCAGGCCAUGCUGGUGGUUUGGUGCAGGAUGAAGAGGAGGCCAUGCACAUUAAUGAGCAGCUAAUAGAAGAGAGCUCAGCAUUCUUUUCAUCAGGCAGACUGUGGGACGAUGGAGUGAUUCUUCCACAAGACACAAGGAAGGUGCUGGGUAAAUGUUUAAAAAUCAUCAAGCAACAGGAGUACCAGCUGUCUCGAGGAAAGCCAAAAUCUAUCCCUCUUCGAAUGUAACAUCUCAACAUCUGAAAUGAGUUCACUAAAAUGUUUAGGCUACUUGAAAACUAUCCAGGAGUCAUGUUUUUGAUAGAUUUCUAUGUGAAAAUCAAGUGCUUAGCACUCAGUAUUUUGAAAGACUUUGCCGAUAAAAACAUUUUCAUGGUAUGUACUCUUUUAGUAUGAGCUCUUUGAUACUAAUUACAUUGAUUUUUCUCUUUAAUAUUUAGAGGGAAAUUUGACUGUGCUCCAUGAUUAGGUUGAAGGCAUUAUUAUGGUUCAUGUCUGUUAAGGAUAUUAUUUAAAUUUAAUUCAUUUUAAUUCACUUUCAUCUCUUUAAAUGUAAAUUUAUUUUGUGUGAUUAACACUAAAAAGUCAUCAUUCAGAAUCAGAGCCGAUAAAAUAGUUUUUUAGCGACUAUUGUACAUAUGAUCCUAAUCAGAAGGGAUAGUUUUUGGAUAGUUAAAGAUCAUCAUUGACUUACUAACGGGGUUUAAUUGAACCCUUUUGUUGAUUGGGAAUUAUUCAUUAUUGUCUUUCUACAGAGAGUUUACUAAUUUUCAAAACUCAGGACAACUGAAGAAACAUUAAUGGUGCUGAAUAUGAACAUUUCUUUCUAAAAGUCUGAGUUGCAAUUACUAAUAUUGCUUCAUGAAUUUUUCUGUACACAAAUAAUAUUACAAUUUGUCCUGUGGAUAAAAUGCAGGAACAGGCUGUUAAAUAAAAUUCUGGUUUUAAUAAAGUUUAAAAAUGUUAUCCUACUUACACAUGCUACUCUCUUGAACCAAAGUUCAAAGUCUCUAGGAGAUUUGAAAAUGUUGCCCUUUGCUUGCUAGUGGCCCUUUCUCCAAGCAUAUACACAUUUGAGGUUUAUGUAAUGUGUUAAAUUAGAGGAACUUCUACAUAGGCUCUUUCCAAUAGGUGUGCUGUACAUUUAACAUUUUGCAUCCCAUGGUAACAAUAAAGAGAUCCCUCAUACAUUUAACUUCCAAA